CUGAGAACAUGCUACCACAAACAGCCCUUUUGCUGCUAAUGUUCUUGAACCUGGUUCAUGGAGGAUUUUAUGCUGAGCAAUUCCAAACACCUACAGGCAUAAAAGGUCCACCACCCAACACCAAGACCCAGUUCUUCAUUCCCUAUGCCAUAAAGAGUAAAGGUGUAUCUGUAAGAGGAGAGCAAGGUAUUCCUGGCCCACCAGGCCCCGCUGGACCUCGAGGGCACCCAGGCCCAUCUGGACCACCAGGAAAACCAGGUCACGGAAGUCCCGGACCCCAAGGAGAGCCAGGGCUGCCCGGACCACCGGGACCAUCGGCCACUGGGAAGCCGGGUUUGCCAGGACUCCCAGGAAAACCAGGGGAGAAAGGACCAUCUGGACCAAAAGGAGAUGUGGGACCGGCUGGUUUACCAGGACCACGGGGCCCACCAGGGCCACCCGGAAUCCCCGGCCCAGCUGGAAUGACUGUGAGGGGAAAACCCGGACAACAAGGUCGUGCAGGAGCCCCGGGACCCAGGGGCUUUCCUGGAGAGAAGGGCGCACCGGGAGCGCCUGGUGUGCUUGGACAGAAAGGGGAAGCAGGAUACGGCGCUCCUGGACGCCCCGGUGAGAGGGGUCUUCCAGGCCCUCAGGGUCCCAUGGGACCACCUGGCCUUCCUGGAGUGGGAAAAAGAGGUGAAAAUGGGUUUCCAGGACAACCAGGUGCCAAAGGCGAUCGGGGUUUUCCAGGAGAGAGGGGACCAGCGGGCCCACCAGGCCCCCAAGGUCCUCCUGGGGAACGAGGACCCGAAGGCACUGGAAAGCCAGGAGCUACCGGAGCCCCAGGCCAGCCAGGGGUUCCUGGGACAAAAGGUCACCCUGGGGCUCCGGGACUAGCUGGGCCUCCAGGGGCUCGUGGCUUCGGGAAACCAGGGUUGCCAGGCCUGAAGGGACAAAGGGGUCCUAUUGGCCUUCCAGGAAGUCCAGGUGCUAAAGGGGAACAAGGCCCAGCAGGUCAUCCCGGGGAACCAGGUGUGACUGGACCCCCUGGAAAUACGGGACCCCAAGGACCAAAAGGCAUGCCAGGCAACCAAGGGAUUCCCGGUCCUAAAGGUGAGAUGGGGCCGGUGGGGCCUGUAGGACACCCUGGGACUAAGGGAGAAAGGGGUUCCUCUGGGUUAGAUGGAAAACCAGGGUACCCGGGAGAACCAGGCAGCAGUGGUCCUAAGGGAAACCAAGGGUUACCAGGCCCAAAAGGGGACUCUGGAGUUCGGGGACCUGCUGGUCUCCCAGGCCCUGUGGGCCCAGCAGGAGCUAAGGGAAUGCCUGGACACAAUGGUGAGACUGGGCCAAGAGGGGCCCCUGGAAUACCAGGAACCAGAGGCCCCAUUGGGCCACCGGGCAUUCCAGGAUUCCCCGGAUCUAAAGGGGAUCCGGGAACUCCAGGUCCUCCUGGGCCAGCGGGCGUAGCAACUAAGGGGCUCAAUGGUCCCACUGGGCCACCAGGGCCUCCAGGUCCGAGAGGCCACACUGGAGAGCCUGGCCCCCCAGGCCCCCCAGGGCCCCCAGGCCAAGCAGCCCCACCUGAGGGCUUCAUAAAGGCGGGCCAAAGGCCUUUUGUUAGUGCCAGCCAGGGAGUGACGGGAAUGCCGAUGUCCGCUUUCACUGUUAUUCUCUCCAAAGCUUACCCAGCUGUAGGUAUUCCCAUCCCAUUCGAUAAGAUUUUGUACAACAGGCAGCAGCAUUACGACCCCAGAACCGGCAUCUUUACCUGCAGCGUACCAGGCACGUACUACUUCUCCUACCACGUGCAUGUGAAAGGGACCCACGUGUGGGUGGGCCUGUAUAAGAACGGCGCCCCUGUGAUGUACACCUACGACGAGUACACCAAAGGCUACCUAGAUCAGGCUUCAGGGAGCGCGGUACUCGAUCUCGCGGAGAACGACCAGGUGUGGCUGCAGCUGCCCAACGCUGGCUCGAGCGGGCUGUACUCCUCGGAGUACGUCCACUCCUCUUUCUCGGGGUUCCUGGUGGUCCCGGUGUGAGCGUGCGCCCGCCAAGCUCAUGUAACUCGGCCUGAGAAGGCGUUCCCCAACUCCACCGUGCCCCACAGAAAGCAUAUGGAGGUAGGCCAAAAAAAAAAAAAAAAAAGGGACGAAUUUUGAUUUUCCAAAUACAGAUUUGAGCUUUUGGACCCACCAAUUCUACCCCCGCCCGGAGAAAGUGCGCUGCAGUGGUAAACAGCAGGGGAAAGCCCUCCUGAAUUUCUAGUAAGCGGUCCCAAGGCUCUUUAAAGUGUUCUGUGAACUCCUUCAGAACUUAAAAAUUUCACCCUGAAAGUCCUACUAACCUAAAAAAUUUUGAAUGAUCACAAAGAAACCCUGAAAUGUGACACGAAAUUAUGUUAAAUUUGAUUUUGGAAAUUCAGCAUUUUUUUUCUUUUAAUCAGCCGAUUAACAGGAGAACUUCUAGGAAACAUUCAGAGGGUAUCAUGUCUUUAUAGAACUCACAUACUUGAAUAUUCAAAUUUAAAAGGCACUGUAUACUCUAAGAUCUUUAUGAUAGUGCAUUACUUGAAGGCUUACACGGCCCCUUCAUCAAGAUUUAUUCAAAUGUACAGGUGCACACAGACUUCUUACAACUCUAAUAAAAAGCCAAAAGAUGAUGUUAAAAUAAAUCUGAAAUGCAAGGUGCUUUAGCCAUGAAUCUUUUCAGAUUUUUCUGUGACUCCAGAAAAGCUUUCUAUAUACCCGGCACAACUUGGAAAUGGGUGUCUAACCUAGUUUAUUUAUUUAAUACAAGUGUGAUUAAUUUGAUUUAAUUCCAUGUUGAGUCUUAACAGAUUAUGAUUUUGUGGGUUUACAGAACAUCGCCAUAAGGACCUUGAGCCUCCCACUUUAGUGAAAUUAUUGCUAAUGUCAAGGGUUUCAAAAUCUGGCUAGAAAUGAAAAGAUGUGAUUUAUUUAUGCUCUGUACUGUAUUUUUAUACUGCUGCUUAAAACUUCUAAGCUGUGCCUCACUUAUUAAAGCAUGACAUGUUUUACCUACUCCUU